AAGAGAAGAAGCUGAAAGCUACAAAGGAGAAGGGUUUUUUUUCCACUGACUUUGGAGUGAGGAAAGGGAACUGAAUCAAAUCCUAGCCGUUCGAUCUUCUUUCUAUUUGAAUCACACGGUUAAAAGGUCAUUUCAAUCUUCCGACGCCGGCGAGCUAGAAAAUCGCAUUAUCCUCAGAUCUGUCUUUCCGAUCUUGUGCACUGUCUUAUCCACAUCAUAAGAUGGCUCUUCUAAUGUAACACUUGAGAUUCUUGAUCUCUUGCUGUCCCACAUUUGACGUUAUAGUGAUAUUUGCUGUUGCCUGUGGCAUCAUCUGGGUUGAUUUUGGUUUCUGUUUGCACAUUGAUGAUUGUUUCCAGAUUGGAUCAUUUCCUGACUAACUCACAAUCCGCUUUUGAGUUUGGUGCUCAACUGAGAGUCCGUGGAAAGCUCUCUUCUGCUGCCAUCUCUCUUGUUGAUUGUGACGCCCAACUGUGUUUCUUGACCUUUUAUGUCUCGUAACCUGGAUAGUUGUCCUGUUCAGACACAGAUGGCUGUGGCAAUCUUCAAGAGCCCACUUGGCGGGGAGUACCAUGCGAAGGGUAGGAUGGAAGGGAAAUCGACUGGGAGGAGACGUGUUUUUGUUCAAACUGAGACUGGUUGUGUACUGGGGAUGGAGUUAGAACGCAGUGACAAUGCACAUACUGUGAAAAGAAGGUUGCAGCUUGCACUUAACUUUCCAGUUGAGGAAAGUUCUUUGACAUUUGGUGAUAGGGUGUUGAAGAAUGACCUGAGUGCUGUUCGCAAUGAUUCCCCUCUACUGCUGACGAGGAACUUUAUGCAUCGAAGCUCAUCAACUCCAUGCCUUUUACCCACGGGGAAGGAUCAUAUCCAACCGAAAGAUCAAAGUGGUCCCAUUGAAAUACUGGGAAACGCAGGUCGCUUUGCCGAGACAAAGCAACUUAUCCAGGAAAUUGUCAAGGCAAUAAAGACUGGAGUAGAUCCACUUCCUGUUCAUGGUGGACUUGGAGGGGGGUAUUUUUUCAGAAAUAGCAGAGGCGAGAGCAUUGCUAUUGUCAAGCCCACAGAUGAAGAACCAUUUGCGCCAAACAAUCCUAAAGGAUUUGUGGGCAAAGCUCUUGGGCAGCCAGGCUUAAAACGAUCAGUCAGAGUUGGGGAAACAGGGUAUAGGGAGGUCGCUGCAUAUCUUCUUGACUAUGACCAUUUUGCCAAUGUGCCCUCUACUACAUUGGUGAAAAUCACUCACUCAGUCUUUAAUGUCAAUGAUGGUGUGAAUGGUGACAAGCCUCACAGCAGGAAGCAGCUUGUGAGCAAGAUCGCAUCUUUUCAACAGUUUGUUCCCCAUGAUUUUGAUGCUAGUGACCAUGGAGCCUCGAAUUUUGCUGUUUCUGCAGUGCACCGGAUUGGAAUAUUAGACAUUAGGAUUUUUAACACAGAUAGACAUGCAGGAAAUCUUUUAGUUAGGAAGCUUGACGGUAUUGGAAGGUUUGGUCAAGUAGAGCUCAUCCCCAUUGAUCAUGGGCUGUGUCUUCCAGAGAGCUUGGAAGAUCCGUAUUUUGAGUGGAUCCAUUGGCCCCAGGCAUCUAUUCCAUUCACAGAUGAUGAACUCGAGUACAUACAGAAACUUGAUCCUAUUCGGGACUCUGAGAUGCUACGAAGCGAACUCCCUAUGAUUCGUGAAGCUUGCCUUCGUGUCUUGGUCCUUUCCACCAUUUUUCUCAAGGAAGCCGCUGCUUAUGGGCUCUGCCUUGCGGAAAUUGGUGAGAUGAUGACCAGGGAAUUCCAUAGCGGGGGGGAGAAACCAAGUGAGCUUGAAGUUGUUUGUUUGGAGGCAAGAAGCCUGAUUGCUGAGAGGGAGAUUCUUUCUCCUAAAGCUGAAGUGGAUAACGAGUUUCAAUUUGACAUAGAUUGCGAAGAUGCUGGAUAUGAGUUUAGUCCCAAAUUGAUCUCUCAGGAUUUCAUGAAUAAAAAUCCAUUUCAUCUUCCAAUCGGAGGAAAUGGCUGCUUCCCACUCUCUAAACUAGAUGAAAGUAUUGAGGAAGUGGAAAGCGAUGAAGAUGAGAAGAGCUUUAAUUGUGCUCUUGCCCCAGCAAAGAACAUUACUAUGUCAAAACUUUCAAUGUCUCUCAAGAACACCAGCUUAGGUGAGAAGAAACUGAAAUAUCCUAAUAUUUCAGGAACAAAACCAGAAAAUGGCUAUCUGGCUAGUUCCUCCUCUGGACAUCGGAGCGCAAAUGAGCAGCUUCCUGCAAGUGUCAACUUUGUGAAGUUAUCAGAUAUGAAUGACAGCGAGUGGGGUUUGUUUCUAGAGAAGUUUGAAGAGCUUCUUUACCCAGCUUUCGCCAAACGCAAGUCUAUCACACUUGGUCAGAGGCAGAUGCAAAGGCUUGGGACUUCUUGCCAGUUUUGAGAAUUGAGUUAUUACUAUAUUAAGGAUGACUUAUGCCUAAAUAAGACUGCUACAAGCUUGUGGAAGUGAAGGUGAAGGAAGUUGUGAUAAGAGUGCGGGAAUAGGAACCUUAGAAUAUGCUGUAAAUAUUUUUGGAGGCAGCUGAGUGGAAGGGCUGAGUCGAAUUGGUUGUAGAUUUUCUGUUUUCUUGUUGACAUCUUCAAUUUUUCCCCCCUUUUGACUGCAUUACUCCUUUGUUAGAUAAAUAAUUUGUAGAAUGUAAUUCGAGAAACGAAAAGUUAUGUAUAUAUUGGAUGCGGUCUUAAUGA